AUGGACACACUCUCUACUGAGCUCGUUCAGCUGUGCUUGCAAUUUUGCGAUUCUUCUCGCGACAUUGCACAAAUAUGCAGACUCAACAAGAAGUUCUAUUCCAUUACCAUACAAACCCUCUUCAAAACGGUUGAAAUCAAAGGCCCUGCACAGUACAUUACUUUUUGUAGGCACAUGGCCUCUAUGCGCGAGAAAGGUCUCUUUAAGCUCGUCCGCCAUCUUGAUUUCAUGGGUUACACCACCCACGGUGUCCGCUACAGCCAGGAAGAGGCCAGAAAGGCUGUCACUCCAGAAGGAUUUGCCCAACUGCUGGACGAGUGUAUCGAUCUAAGGGAGCUCUCUGUCACAAAUGAACUAAACCAUGUUUUCCAAGAUUCAAGCGUCAUUCGAUCCAUUUUCGCCAACCACCAAAGGAUAGAAUCUAUUGAUCUGAUUGGAUUCUUUCAACUCAAGUAUGCCAACACCAUGUCUAGUCUUUUUGCACAAAACGUGACGAUGUGUGACAAGGACCUGCAUGAGAAACACGAGGCACUUUGUAACAAGCCAUCUGAUUAUGCUUCAACUCUUCCAACCCAACUUCCACCAAUCACAAUAUCAUCUUAUCUCUCACGAGUAUCAUUCUAUCUCAAUGCCACCCUCACCCAGUCUGAGUUCUUCACACCUUUCUUCAAACUUCUCAAGGAAAACAAUAUUUCACUAACUCGCAUUGAUGUUGGGCACACUCGAGUAACAAAUGAUAUCUUCAACCACAUCCUACCUCAGAAACUCACUCAUUUUGGCCUUCAAGGCUGUCGCAUGGUCUCGCUUGAUGACAAUGCCUCGCAAUUCUUCGCACGCUGCACAAAUCUUCAAGAGCUUAAUCUAAACAUGCGUGCUGGUAUUGUAAUACCGCGAAAUCCUGGAGAUGCCCCACCCUGCUAUUGGUUCUCCCCUCAAUCACUCAGUCAACUAUUGCUAUCUUGUAACAAAAAGAAGGACUUGCGAGUACUCCACUUGGGCGGACAGGGUGAACUAGAUGACGAGAUCCUUGGUUCUUGCAAGCCAACCACACACCGCCUCACCCACUUUUCUAUUGCUGGGGCAUCCAAAGUCACAGCAGAGAGUUUUUUGGAUACCCUUGCUCAGAUGCCUCAUCUGGAAUACCUUGAUCUGUCAAAUACCUUUUUUGACACAACCAUUGAUGGUCUUCAAACUACACUAUUUGUUAUUAAAGAGUCACAGUACCUCGACAGUCUCAAGGUGAUCGAGUUUUGCUCGUCAAAGACCAUGCGUUUCCCUGAUACCUGGCUAGGAUGGAAGUUUAUGACUCACAAUCUUCGCAGCUACUAUUUCCGUCAAGAUGUCAACCCGUGCUAUUCCAUGCCACAAAAGUUACCUGCCGUAGGAAGGAUUCCACGCUCGGCCAUGGAAAGAUAUUGGAGAUUCUCUUUGUAA